AUGUCAACGGGCAAUCCCGAUAAGACUAAAACUAGACUGUCCGUGCCCUCUACUAGCGCCGCUAGAGUUUCGCCUAACCCCCCUGUGCCUAGAUCCAAGAAGGACUCGGCUCUUCGUGCAUCCAGCACAUCACCGAUCCCCGCACGGUCAGCUAGUGUUUCGCCCACUUCCGGCACCAAGCCUCUGAUCCUCGUGACCAAACCUCCGUCGGUUCCUUCGACCAAGGCUGUUUCCGUCCCAGUUCCUCGGCUGCCAAUUGUUACGCGUUCUCACAGCAAAAUGGCACACAAUGUGGUAGACUCGGCAUUGAAUAAGUUCAUCGCCGCGACUGACCGUGUCAGUCACUUUGCGUCGCGACUUAACAAUGCUUCUACUGACAGCGCGUCCCUGUACACGUGCCAGGUCCGGAGGGACCAGAUGCGUGCCUUGUGGGACAAGGUCGAGAAGGAGUACGAGGCUUGCUCCUGCGUCAUGUCGGAUGAAAUGACGACAGACGAGUUGCCUACCAUUCAGGCAAAAUAUGAUUACUGCUAUAUUCUCUAUGAGCAGUGGUCCGCUCAGCUAAGGUGUCGCUUACCUCCGUGCGACACCGAAGUUUUCGGAGGCGAUUACACUCGCUGGCCCACCUUCCGAGACUUAUUCACGGCUAUCUACAUCCGAAAUCCUAGACUGUCGGAAGUUGAGAAACUUUUCCAUCUCAACUCCAAGACCAGCGGUGAAGCCCAUGCCAUUGUGUCAAAGUCUCCUUUGACCAAUGAAGGGUUUCAGUCGGCGUGGUCCAGCUUGACUGAGCGUUUUGAGAACAAACGGUUGCUCGUGAACAGUCAGCUGCGUAUCCUUUUUAAUUUGCCCGCCAUCGGGCAAGAGUCGGGUGCAGCCAUUCAAGAGUUGCAAAGCACUAUCCAAGGGUGCUUGACGGCUUUGGAGCACUCCAAGAUCAAUACGGAGAAUUGGGAUUGCAUCCUGUCCAUCCAGAAUAAGAGCGACGUUCCAACGUGGGCUGACAUGAACGCUUUCCUUCUAGAGCGGUAUCGCACCCUAGAAGCGAUAGCGGAAGUGUCAGCCAGCACGAGCGCUCCGACGGUUCCGCGUGCCUCACGCAAGGAGGCCCCCGUCGCCAAGCAGGUAAACUCCUUUGAGAGUCGGGUAACUUCAAAAACCCAGUCCUGCAAGUUGUGUUCCCGGGAGAAUCACCCGAUUCGUUUGUGCCCUCGUUUCCUCCAGAUGGGUAUCAACGAUAGGGUCAAUUAUAUAAAGCAACAGAAGCUGUGUCUCAAUUGUUUCGCACGAGGCCAUAUCCUGGCUGAGUGCACAAGUGCGCACAGCUGCUUUACCUGCAAGGGUCGUCAUCAUACACUCUUGCAUCGAGUGAGCCCGGCGCCGACAGUCACAACCCCCAUUCCAUCUCCUAUACAGUCCACUUCCACCCAGUCAGCUAACGUCCAAUCCUUCGUGGCAGUCAACACACAAGGUGUUCUGCUCAGCACAGCUGUCAUUCAUGUUUGCCAUCUCGGCGUCCGCUAUACAGCUCGGGCUCUGAUUGACUCCGGAUCAGAAGCCACCUUCCUCUCAGAAAAGUUGUUCAAGCGCUUGAGGAUGCCGUAUACAUCCGUGCAAGCCCGCGUCUCUGGGCUGACGCAAGCUGUGGCGGCCCAGCCCCGUAAGUUUUGCCAAUUCUUAAUUGGCUCCCCGGUCAGACCCGAUUUGCAGAUCGAGGCGUCGGCGUACGUCCUCCCCCAGUUAGCGGGGAAUCUGCCCUCAUGUUCCGUCCCACAAACACUCCUCGAAAAUCUGCCCAGCAUCCAGCUGGCAGACCCCAAAUUCUAUGAGAGUUCGCAGAUUGAUGUGCUACUAGGCGCUGACAUCCUCCCGUCCAUUCUGCUCGGCGGCUCUCACCCUAACUUUUGUGGGACCCUCUCUCGUCAAGAGACCAUUUUCGGUUGGAUCCUGACUGGCCCUGUGUCGGGAUCCAUUUCAAAAUCCAUUUCGUCCUUUUCAGCUCGACUGUCCGUCGAGCGAACUCCGCCAUUGGAGGAACUCCUCUCCAAAUUUUGGGAGGUGGAGGACCUGCCGGCUAGCCCAGCAAAAGAAUCUGACCUUUUUUGUGAGGCUAACUUCAACGCCACGACCGUGCGAACCUCAACGGGUCGCUACAUGGUCACGCUCCCAUUCCGCGACCCUGGUCACGUUGACCUGGGUCACUCGAGGGCUACCGCUCUCGCUCAGUUCCUGAGAAACGAGAGCCGUUUAAAGAGGAACGACUCUCUGAAGGAACAAUAUGACUCCGUUAUUCGAGAGUAUCUGGAUUUGGGUCACAUGACUCAAGUCCCCCCAUCCAGUUCCGGCAACUAUUAUUUGCCACAUCACGCUGUUCUCAAGCCCGACAGCACCACCACAAAGCUCCGCGUUGUAUUCAACGCCUCCAGCCCGACUUCAAACGGGAAGAGUCUGAACGACAUCCUCCACACUGGGCCAAUCCUUCAAUCCGACCUGACCAUUCAAAUCCUGAAAUGGAGGUUUUUUCAGUUCGUCUUCAACGCUGACAUCACCAAGAUGUAUCGGCAAAUCCUUGUGGAUCCCAACCACACCCGGUUUCAAAGGUUGCUCUUCCGUACUCCAGACGAGAAGUUAUGCGACUUUGAACUCAACACAGUCACCUUUGGAGUGAACUGUGCUCCGUACCUGGCUAUCCGCGUUCUGCAUCAGCUUGCGAGUGAUGUUCGCGACCGGUACCCCCUUGCUAGUGACAUCAUCGCCAAUUAUAUGUACGUUGAUGACGUCCUAGCAGGAGCUCACACUAAGCAGGCUGCGGUGUCUGCUAUAGAUGAGCUUCGAACAGCGCUCGAGAGUGCUGGGUUCCCUUUGCGUAAGUGGACCUCGAACUCGAAAGAUGUGCUGAGAAGAAUCCCUAAGGAUCACUUGCUCUGUGCAGACUUCCUCGAGAUCGACGAAGCUAGUGUCGCGAAGACGCUAGGCAUUCGUUGGCGGGCCACGUCCGACGAGUUCUUUUUCGUCACCGCCGAGAUGGUGUCCAAACCAUCUUUCAGUAAGAGAGAAGUGCUGUCGCAGAUCGCCAAGUUGUUCGAUCCGGCAGGUUGGCUUGCUCCCGUGGUCAUUUGGGCCAAGAUUUUUAUGCAAGAAAUCUGGAAGCAAGAAAUCGGCUGGGACGACUCCUUACCGGCGGAUCUCACAGAGCAGUGGACCAGUUUUCUGCGGAACUAUUCGUCCUUGCAGGACAUCCGCAUUCCUAGAUGGACCAACUACGCUCCCGGCGCAAAAAUCCAAUUCCACGGUUUUUGCGACGCCUCUCAAAGCGCGUAUGGAGCCGCUCUUUACGCACGUGUGGAAACAGCGGGACAAGUGUCUGUGAGCCUUCUGACAGCGAAGACUAGAGUUGCACCUAUCAAGACGGUCUCUCUACCUCGUCUUGAGCUGUGCGGGGCUCUCCUGUUGGCAGAAUUAUCCGCCGCCCUCCUACCACAUUUUCCCACCCCCGACGCUGAGACGUACCUGUGGACAGAUUCCACUAUCGUUCUGGCAUGGUUGGACAAGCAGCCAUGCAAGUGGACCACUUUCGUGGCGAACCGAGUGGCCAAGAUUCACUCGGUGAAUGGCACUUGGCAGCAUGUUCGUUCCGAACACAAUCCAGCCGACCUGGCAAGCCGCGGUGUCUCGCCGCAAGAGCUACUGGGCAGUCGCCUUUGGUGGCAGGGGCCCGAAUGGCUGACGCACUCACCAGCGCAGUGGCCUUCACCGGUCAUUGGGCUCGAUACUGAAUUGGAGUGUCGAGCGGUGAAGGUCCAUGCAGCGCAAGUCCUAUGUGAGGACUUCCUCGACCGUUUCUCCAGGUUCGAUCGAGCGCUCCGAGUGUUUGCGUAUGUGCGAAGGUUUGCCCAGCGUUGCCGCCAACCCAAGGUCUCGUUUCCAGAGACGCUCAGCUCUCAAGAGCUUGCAGAAGCUCAAGAGAGGCUGAUUGUACAGGCUCAGAAUCGGGUAUACGCGAAAGAGUGUGCUUCCCUCCGGUCCCAUAAUCGUCUAAUCGGGUCAAGCGAUAUCCUAAGCUUGAAUCCGUUCCUUGACAAGCAAGGUGUCCUGCGUUCGUGUGGACGCGUAAGAGCGUCCACCUCCUUAUCCUACGACGAACGGCAUCCAAUAAUUCUCCCGUUCGGCUGCGUGUUCUCACGCCUCCUGGUUUCCUUCACGCAUCAAGUCUCCCUCCAUGGAGGCAACCAAUUGGUGAUGCGGCUGGUCCGAACCAAGUUCUGGAUUCCCAAGCUAAGGAACUUGGUGAAGACAGUGAUUAGUGCAUGCAAGACCUGUGUGAUUCAUCGCCGCAAGCUCCAGUCGCAGUUGAUGGGUGAUCUCCCAAGCGCCCGGUCGACUUUUUCGCGACCUUUCACUAACUCCGGAGUAGACUUCGCCGGUCCCUUCGACGUCAAGAGCUACGUCGGACGGGGCUGCAAGAUUACGAAGGGUUACGUAUGUGUCUUCGUGUGCUUCAGCACGAAGGCAAUCCAUCUUGAGGCGACCACGGAUCUGACAGCGGAAAAGUUCUUGGAAGCUUUCUCCCGAUUCGUGGCACGGCGCGGGUGCCCUCUCCACAUGUACUCUGACAACGGGAAAACGUUCGUCGGAGCCUCCUCCAUUCUCUCCAAAGAAUUUGUGGAGAGCACCCGCAACCUGAUUGUCACCACUCACAGCCAUCAAGGUCUUGCAUGGCAUUUCAACCCACCUGGUGCCCCUCACAUGGGGGGUCUCUGGGAAGCGGGCGUCAAGAGCUUCAAGACGCAUUUCUACAAGACGGUUUCCUCCGUAAAACAUACGUUCGAGGAGCUUUCCACCCUCCUAUCUAAAAUUGAAGCGUGCCUCAAUUCGCGGCCUUUGACUCCUAUGUCAGAGGAUGUGAGCGACUUGGCGGCACUUACUCCCGGUCAUUUCCUGAUCGGGGGUCCGCUACUCUCCAUGGCGGAGCCAGAGUCCAGAGAGGAUGUGGAGUCCAUCCGCAACCGCUGGCAACGGCUCAAGGCUCUCCAUCAGCAUUUCUGUGUGCGAUGGAAGAACGAAUAUCUGAAGGAAUUGCAUAAGCGGAAUAAGUGGCAGUCACCUUCACGCGAUCUCCAAAUCGGUGACAUGGUGGUCAUCAGAGAGGAGAAUAUACCGCCACAAGAAUGGCGCCUCGGGCGUGUGCUGACCGCUUGCCCAGGCGCUGAUGAAAGGGUCCGUGUGGUUGACAUCCAGACGUGUCGUGGUGUUUUCCGCCGACCAGUUGCAAAGCUGGUCCUCCUUCCUACGGGACACGCGCUCUGA